AUGUCUUUGAAGGGAAAGGUUGCCUUCAUCACCGGUGGCGGCAAGAACCUGGGUGCCGGCAUCGCCCGUGAGCUCGCGCCUCUCGGUGCCAGCCUUGCGCUCCACUACAACUCGCCCGGCUCCCAGGCGGAAUCCGAAAAGACCCAGAAAGAUCUCGCAGCCGCCUUCCCCGACAUCAAGGUCAAGCUCUAUCAGGCCGACCUGACCACGGCCUCGGCCGUCACGGACAUUUUUGCAGCCGUCCUCAAGGACUUUGGCCGCAUCGACAUCGUCGUCAACACCGUCGGCAAGGUCCUCAAGAAGCCCAUUGUCGACAUCUCCGAGAAGGAAUACGACGACAUGUUUGCCGCCAACAGCAAGGCCGCCUUCUUUAUCCUGAAGGAGUCCGCCAAGCACGUGUCCGACGGCGGCAAGAUUGUCACCAUUGUCACGUCGCUGCUCGCCGCCUUCACCGGCCUCUACACGUCCUACGCCGGCUCCAAGGCCCCCGUCGAGCACUUCACCCGCGGCGUCGCCAAGGAGCUGCAGCCGCGCGGCAUCAGUGUCGUCGCAGUUGGUCCGGGCCCGAUUGAUACCCCGUUUUUUUAUCCCCAAGAAUCGCCUGAGGCUGUCGAUUUUCACAAGAGCCAGGCUAUGGGCGGCCGCCUGACCGAUGUAAAGGACAUCGCGCCCAUUAUCCGCUUCCUUGUCACAGAGGGCGGCUGGAUCACCGGCCAGACCAUCUUCCCCAACGGCGGCUACACAACACGCUAA